UACUUACAAAAGUAUAUAAUUGUGGAUUAUCAUACUGAUUUCUCGAAUCUUUUUCCUAUUUUCCUAAACCCAUCUACGUCCCGCAGUCCGCAUUAGUAGCUUAAUACUUCUCGUUUAUUUAUCGUAUAACGUUUAACGGUUAAGAGUGAAUUCGUAUCUGCCAACUAUCUGUCAUUCAAAGACAUUUUUGUAUUAGCUAUUCCUACUUUAUCCGUUCAAUCAACCGCCGAUAGGAAAACUUGCAUUCUAGAAAAAUGGAGGCCGAAGACAACAUCCAAAAAAUGUAUAAAUACUUUGGUAUACUUGCCGAUGCUAAGGAAAACAUUGCCGAAAAAGAGCCCGAGUAUUUGGAAAUAUUAUCUGCAGUUAAAGGAUCAACUAAAGAAAAAAGACUCGCAUCUCAAUUUAUAACCAGAUUCUUUAAACAUUUUCCAAACCUUGCUGCUCAAGCAUUAGAGGCUCAACUUGAUCUUUGUGAAGAUGAAGAUAUUUGUAUACGAAAACAAGCAAUUAAAGAUUUGCCAGUAUUAUGUAAAGAGUCUAAAGAAUACCUGACGAAAAUAGCAGAUAUAUUAGCUCAAUUGCUUCAGGCUGAUGACCCACAAGAAUUACUUACAGCUCAGAAUUCUUUAUUAUCACUCUUUAAGAUUGAUGCUAAAGGUGCCUUAACUGGAAUAUUCAGUCAAAUGCAAUCAAAUGAAGAAGUGGUAAGAGAACGUUCUAUGAAGUUUAUAUUGAACAAAGUAAUGGCAUUGGGUAAAGAAAUAAUUAAAAGAGAUGUAGAAGAUUUAAUAAUAGCAGAAUGCAAAAAAGUUAUGCAAAAUAUUACUUGUGAAGAAUUUGAAACACUCAUGACUAUCUUAUCAUCGACUCAUCUAAUUAAUACACCAGAUGGUCAAAAAGAACUCGUUGAACUCUUAGCAAGCACAGCUGAACUUGAUCAAUUUUUUAAUCCCAAAGAUUUAGAUCAAGUCAAUCGAUUCAUAACUUGUCUAGAUUUUGCUAUUCCAUUUUUUUCGGCUCAUGUAGAAUCCACAAAGUUUAUUGUAUAUAUAUGUGAAUUGUUGAAUCGCUAUACCCUUAUAAAAGAUAAUGAUAAACAAUUUAUCAUUUUAAAGUCAUUAGCAGAAUCUGUACCAUAUUGUGGUAAACUAAUGAACCCUGAAGCAGUAGUUGGACAAGUGUACCAAGCUCUAUUAGAUUUAGUUACUGUUCCUGAGAAUGAUUCCAAUAAGAAAGUUGAAGAUAUGGAUUUACAUCGCGUUGAAGCACUUUUGUAUACUUUUCACAAACUUGGAAAACAAUGUCCAGAUUUUUUAAGCAAAGACCCUGAAAGACAGAAAGAUUUUAAGAAAAAGUUAUUGUACGUUGGAACGUGUACCCAAACCUUUGUGAAAAUUGUUAGGCAAGACUUAAAAGAAAAGGGGGAAGAAGAUGUAAAAAAUGAUCCAAUUGUUGAAAAAAAACUAGAAGGAUUAAGAUUAGCAUGUAACAUAAAUACUUUAAUUAAAGAGUUAUUUAACAUACCUCCUAGAUUUAAAGCAACUGUCAACCUAUCUUGGAUUGGUGGAGCAACUAAGUCCAAACUUGCACAAAUCAUUCAGGAGGGUAAAAAGCAUGAACCUAUUAUAGUGGAUGGAAAAUCUAAACGGAUUGAUGGCAGUAAUAAUAGCCAACAAAUAUAUCAGCCUCCAAAGGAUAAAUUUAGUGCCAAAUUCUCUAACAAUACAACUAAUAAUAAUCGUCGUGGUGGUGGUACUGGUUGGAACACUAAAAGAUCAUUCGACACCAGCAAUGGCAAUCGCCGUUCAUGGCGACCAUACUAAUGUAAAUUAGAAUUCAAUUCAAUUUUUUCACUGACGUGUUCUUAGUACUAAUCAUAUAAUAUGUACAUUGCUGAUUUAAUUGUUAAAUGUUAAUAGUUUUCAUUUAUUUUUGAGCAAUAAUGCUAAUUAUAGUAUGAUUUAGUAUUAUUGAAUUAUGUACAUAUUAAUUUUUUUCUGACCAAUUAUUUUGUAAAUUCACUAAGCAUAGCCAUCUUGUAAUAUGCUAGUUUAAUAUUCAAAUAUAGUUAUUUGACAAAUAAUAAAAUUAAUUCUUAAGUAA